GUAGUGGGACCAGGCUGACUUGGUAUCCAAAACAAGAAAAAAAACAGAGACAUUUCAGUUUCACCUUAAACCAUUUUUGUAUUCUUCUUUCAAAGUCUUCCAAAUCACAAAACCCAAAAUCUUUCCCUCUAUUCCAUUUCAGUUUCAUUUUUCAUUCUAUCACAAACCAUAUCAUUGAUCCCUAUAUUCAUCUCCAAAAAAAUUCAUUCUAAAUUUAGCAUAUUUUUCCUUCUUUGUUUCAUUGGAUCAUCAAAUUUAGAAUAGUCUCAAAAAAAAAAAAAUCAGCUACCAUUGAUCCUAUAUCAUCUCCAAAAAAAUUGCAUGAAAUUAUAUUAGAUCAUUCUAAAUUUAGCAUAUAUUUCUCCCUUUGUUUAAUUCUGAUUCUGUUGUGUAUGAUGAUUGAUGAUUAAUUAAUUCCUUUUUGUGUAUCUUCUGUGACCUUUUUCUGCAUAUGCAUUAAAGGUCAAAUCUUGAAUACCAUUUUCUUUGAUCCUUUUGUGCAUAUGCAUCAAAGAUCAAAUAUUUAAUAUCAUUUUCUUUGACCCUUUUGUGCAUAUGCAUCAAAGAUCAAAUUUUUAAUACCAUAUUCUGUGACCCUUUUGUGCAUAUGUAACAAAGAUCAAAUUUUGAAUAGUAUAUUCAUUGACCCUUGUGUGCAUAUGCAACAAAGGUAAAAUUUUGAAUAGUUUUGCAUAAUCAAUUGUGUGAAAGAAUAGCUUUGAAUUCAUUCAAUUUUGAGUUUUGAUUCAUGGACAAUCAUGGUUCUGCACCUCCAUAUGGAUAUCCAAACCCUUAUGCAUAUCCUCCAUAUCCAUACCCUCCUCCAAAUCCAUCUCAUGAUCCAUAUGCACCUUCACCAGUAUCUUCUCCUUAUCCAUAUGAAUCAUAUCCACCAAAUUCUUCACAUUCCUUCCACCCUUAUCAACCAAACCCUUUAGAGUUACCUACUUCUCAACCAUCUCAUGUUUAUCCUUACCCUUACCAACAAUACCCUCCAAUCAAUGAUGGUUCAAACCCUCAUCAUAGUUCUGCUUACCCCCCUUACCAACAAUACCCUCCAAUUAGUGAUGGUUCAAACCCUCCUCAUGGUUCUGCAUAUCCUCACCAAUACCCUCCAAUUAGUGAUGGUUCACACCCUCCUAGUUCUCCUUACCCUCAUUUGAAUGAUCUUAUGAGCAAUGUUCAGAUAUCUGAUAAUCAGCCAAGUGCACCAGUAAUGACACAUUCCUAUUCAGCUUUAAAUGAAGGGAAAAAAGAGGAGUUUUAUGGUCAUUCUAGUAGUAAUUCUUUUUCAGGUUAUGAACAUUCUUACUCUGGUUUGGGGGGUUCACCCAAUCUUUCAGCUUAUCCCGGUUCGAAUGAUGAAUCGGUGCAUAGCCAGAGUUUGCAGAUUGUUCCAGCUCAGUAUAAAGGGUCAUUGAAAUAUUUGCUCUUGCAUGGUAAUUUAGAUAUUUGUGUUCAUAGUGCUAAGAAUCUUCCAAAUAUGGAUAUGUUUCAUAAGACUUUAGGGGAUGUGUUUGGUAAAUUUCCUGGUAAUGUGGGUAAUAAGAUUGAGGGAACAAUGACUAGGAAGAUUACUAGUGAUCCUUAUGUGUCUAUUUCUUUAUCAAAUGCUGUAGUUGGUAGGACUUUUGUGAUUAGCAAUAGCGAAAAUCCUGUUUGGGAGCAACACUUUCAUGUUCCUGUUGCACAUCAUGCUUCUGAAGUGCAUUUUGUUGUUAAGGAUAGUGAUGUGGUAGGUUCACAGCUUAUUGGUACUGUAGCGAUUCCGGUCGAACAAUUAUACUCGGGUGAAAAAGUACAAGGGACCUACCCCAUCCUUAAUAGCAAUGGAAAGCCUUGUAAGCCAGGUGCUGUUUUGAGUGUUUCCAUUCAGUUCCUACCAAUGGAGAAACUGAUCAUUUAUCAUCAAGGAGUUGGAGCAGGACCUAACUAUAUUGGUGUGCCGGGAACAUAUUUUCCAUUGAGGAAAGGUGGAACUGUAACUCUAUAUCAGGAUGCUCAUGUUCCGGAUGGAUGUCUCCCUAAUGUCAUGCUUGAUCAUGGGAUGCAUUAUGUUCAUGGACAGUGUUGGCUUGAUAUGGUUGAUGCCAUACGUCAAGCGAAGCGUUUGGUUUACAUUACAGGGUGGUCAGUGUGGCACAAAGUUCGGUUGGUAAGGGACGCUCCUGCUGGAUAUGGUAAGACAUCGGAUUAUACUCUUGGUGAGCUUCUGAGGUCUAAGUCUCAGGAAGGAGUGAGAGUGCUUCUUCUUGUUUGGGAUGACCCUACCUCAAGAAGCAUUCUUGGUUAUAAAACGGAUGGUGUCAUGGCGACGCAUGAUGAGGAAACUCGACGAUUUUUCAAGCAUUCUUCUGUGCAAGUGUUACUUUGUCCUCGCAUGGCCGGAAAACGACAUAGCUGGGCUAAGCAACAGGAAGUUGGAACAAUAUAUACACAUCAUCAGAAGACUGUAAUUGUAGAUGCUGAUGCUGGAAAUAACUUCAGAAAAAUUGUAGCAUUUGUUGGAGGGCUUGACUUGUGUGACGGCCGAUAUGAUACUCCCCACCAUCCCCUCUUUAGGACACUGCAGACGGUCCAUAAGGAUGACUAUCACAACCCUACUUUCACGGGUAAUACUGGUGGUUGUCCACGGGAACCGUGGCACGACUUGCAUUCUAAAAUUGAUGGUCCAGCAGCUUAUGAUGUUUUGACAAACUUUGAGGAGCGCUGGUUAAGAGCUGCGAAACCUACAGGGAUAAAAAAGUUGAAGAGUUCAUAUGACGAUGCAUUGCUCAAGAUAGAAAGAAUUCCGGAUAUUCUCCGCGUAUCUGAUGCUCCUAGUGUUGGUGAUGAUAAUCCUGUAGCUUGGCAUGCUCAGAUAUUUCGUUCAAUUGAUUCAAACUCUGUCAAGGGAUUUCCAAAGGAGCCAAGAGAUGGAUCAAUAAAGAACCUAGUAUGUGGGAAGAAUGUACUGAUUGACAUGAGCAUACACACAGCGUAUGUAAAGGCCAUUCGUGCUGCACAGCAUUACAUUUAUAUAGAGAAUCAAUAUUUCAUCGGUUCUUCAUACAAUUGGAGUCAAAAUAGGGACAUCGGUGCUAAUAAUUUAAUUCCUAUGGAAAUUGCACUGAAGAUUGCUGAAAAAAUAAAGGCAAAUGAGAGGUUUGCAGUAUACAUAGUUAUUCCAAUGUGGCCAGAGGGUGUUCCAACAGGUGCUGCCACUCAAAGGAUUCUAUUUUGGCAGAAUAAAACAAUGCAAAUGAUGUAUGAGACAGUUUACAAGGCAUUGGUUGAAGUUGGGCUCGAAGCAGCAUUCUCUCCACAAGACUAUUUAAACUUUUUCUGUCUUGGAAAUCGAGAAACCAUAGAUAUGCAUGAGAAUAUUUCUGUAUCUGGAAUUCCUCCUCCACCGAAUACUCCACAGGCAAAUAGUCGAAAUAACCGACGGUUCAUGAUUUAUGUUCAUUCGAAAGGCAUGAUAGUUGAUGAUGAAUAUGUGAUCAUUGGAUCAGCAAACAUCAACCAGCGCUCUAUGGAAGGAACAAGGGACACUGAGAUUGCAAUGGGAGCCUACCAACCUGAAUAUACAUGGGCAAGAAAACAUUCUUAUCCACGCGGACAGGUUCAUGGAUAUAGGAUGUCCCUAUGGGCAGAACAUACAGGCACAAUCGAAGACUGUUUCUUACAACCAGAGAGCCUCGACUGUGUGAGAAGGGUUCGAACAAUGUCCGAAAUGAACUGGAAACAAUUUUCAUCAAACGACGUCACAGAGAUGAGAGGGCAUUUACUAAAGUACCCUGUAGAAGUUGAUAGAAAGGGUAAGGUUAGACCUCUUCCUGGUCAUGAAGAGUUUCCUGAUGUGGGAGGAAAGAUAGUGGGAUCAUUUAUUGCCAUUCAAGAGAAUCUAACCAUUUGAUGAGUUUAGUUUUUACAUUCACAUUGGUGGUCAUUAGAAUAGGGUGAAUGUGACAACCUAGUGCUAUAGUGCUUCCGCCUUAGCGAGGUCCAGGGAAGAGUUAUGUAGUAUCGACACUUCAGAUUAAAGGUGUGUUCAGUGUCUCAAACAUGUGGUUACAUUUAAUCAUUUCAUUAUGAGUGUCGACAUGUGUCGUAUUUGGUGUAUGUGUUUGUGCUUCAUAGGGAAGAGUCGUUAGAAUGAUUGAAUUGAAAAUUACAAAAUAAUACAAGUUAAAAAAUUUUGAAAUGCAAUGCAUGAUGAUUGAGGAAGCA